GCGACGUUGAGAGGAGUGUAAUGAUUAGCAGCUCAGAACCAGGAACAGCCGAGGCGCUACAAACUCACUGUGCUGGAGAGGGUAACACUCCAGCCUUAGACAAAUGUUUUGACCUUCAGCGAACCGGAGGGUUUACCUCUCGAGGCCAAGCAGAACAACGUAUUUUACCUGAAAGGACAUUUUGUAUUUUUCCUUGGUGCUUUCUUUGAGGGAUUUCCACAUCUUCACGCACAACACCAGGCCGGGGGGAUAACCUAGCUAGCGAGCAAGUGGAGAGGUUUUGUCCCAGAAUGGACGCAGGAGUUGUGACUGAAAAGAAAAGGGUGAGCUCGGAGCGCAGAAAAGAGAAGUCCCGGGAUGCAGCGCGAUGCCGAAGGGGGAAGGAGUCGGAGGUGUUCUACGAGCUGGCUCAUCAGCUGCCCCUGCCCCACAAUGUCACGUCCCACCUGGACAAGGCCUCCAUCAUGAGGCUGACCAUCAGCUUCCUGCGAAUGAGGAGCCUGCUGGCCAGCGAUGAGGAACCAGAGAAGCGGUCCGAGUCUGAUCUGGACUCCCAGCUUAACAGUUUCUACCUGAAGGCCCUGGAGGGGUUCCUCAUGGUGCUGUCCGAGGACGGCGACAUGGUCUACCUGUCGGAGAACAUCAGCAAAUGCAUGGGCCUCACCCAGCUUGACCUGACGGGACACAGUGUCUUUGACUUCACGCACCCCUGUGACCAUGAGGAGAUGCGCGAGAUGCUCAUACACAGAACAGGCCCCGCCAAGAAGGCCAAGGAGCUGAACACUGAGCGCAGCUUCUUCCUGCGCAUGAAGUGCACACUCACCAGUAGGGGGCGAACCGUCAACAUCAAGUCUGCCACGUGGAAGGUGCUCCACUGCAUGGGACACGUGCGCGUGUUCGAGAGUCCUGAGAGCGAGGGCCAGAACGGCUGCGGGUACAAGGAGCCGCCCGUCCCGUACCUCAUCCUGAUCUGCGAGCCCAUUCCGCACCCCUCCAACAUUGAGGUGCCGCUGGACAGCAAGACCUUCCUGAGCCGCCACACCCUGGACAUGAAGUUCUCCUACUGCGAUGAGAGGAUCACAGAGCUGAUUGGCUAUGAGCCAGAGGAGCUCCUGAACCGCUCCAUGUACGAGUAUUACCACGCCCUGGACUCGGACCACCUCACCAAGGCGCACCACAACUUGUUUGCAAAGGGUCAGGUGACCACAGGACAGUACCGCAUGCUGGCGAAGAGAGGGGGCUUUGUGUGGGUGGAAACUCAGGCCACCGUCAUCUACAACACCAAGAACUCCCAGCCACAGUGCAUCGUGUGCGUCAACUACGUGCUCAGCGGUGUGGUGGAGGGUGAUCUGGUGCUGUCUCUGCGGCAGACGGAGACUGAGCUGGAGCCAGCGGAGGCGCUGAGCCCAGAGGCCGACAUGGACAAGCUGUUUACCAGGCAGGAGGAGGCAGAGGACACAGAGAGCCUGUACGACAAACUGAAGGAGGAGCCUGAGGCGCUGACCCUGCUGGCCCCUGCCGCUGGAGACACCAUCAUCUCCCUGGACUUCACCAACACAGCAGACUCUGACAUCCAGAUGCUGAAGGAGGUGCCCCUCUACAAUGACGUCAUGCUGCCGGCCUCCAGCGAGAAGCUGCCUGCUGCCAAGCCCCUGGUCAGCGAGGGCGAGGCCAAAAUAGAGCCACGUCCCCGGGACUUCGCCGGUGCCUCCAGCUCCCCCUCAGGGCCCAGCACUGGCCGCAGCUCUCCUGAGCCCAGCAGCCCAGCAGACUACUGCUUCCAGGUGGACUCUGACCUCUGCAGCGAGUUUAAGCUGGACCUGGUAGAGAAGCUAUUCGCCAUGGACACUGAAGCCAAGACCCCAUUCACCACAGAGGACAUGGAGGACCUGGACCUGGAGAUGCUGGCCCCCUACAUCCCCAUGGAUGACGACUUCCAGCUGCGCACGCUGUCCCCCGAGGAACUGCUCCCCUGCAGCCCACCGACAGAGGGCCCCACUGAGGCCAAGAAAGAGCCCUGCGCCCCAUCCCCCCUGCACCUCCUGCACGAGGUGUGCACUUCCCCGUGCCCCACCCCGGCCGACGCCUUACUCGCCAAGAGGGUUAUGGCGCCAGACAAAGAGCUUCCUCCCAAGAUGCCGAGCUUCCAGAGCAGCCCGAGGAAGAGGAAGCUGCCGGAGGCCAUCUCGCUGUCUGAGGCUGUGGGACUGGGUGCUUUGCUCCAGGGUGGUACAGACCCUGCAGAGGAGGGGAAGAGAGCCAAAGUUGUGGAGGCCGGCAGCUCGGAGGCAUUUGCCACACAUAAGACCAUCUUGUUACUGCCCUCUGACCUGGCGAGCCGCCUGCUGAGCGGCGGUCUCCCGCAGCUGACUCGGUACGACUGCGAGGUCAACGCCCCCGUCCUGGGCCGCCAGCACCUUCUGCAGGGCGAGGAGCUGCUGCGUGCCCUGGACCAAGUCAACUGAGCUCCGCCCCCCGCUGCCCAGUACCGGACACUGCAGCCCCGCCCCCUGAAAUCCCCCUAUUUAUAUUUUCUAUACUCAGUUCUUCUACAAUCCAGCUGUCGUUUCAAUCCUUGCACACAGUGUAUCUAGAUGAGCUUUCCCCUGCUAACCGUUCUCACCAAACAUGUGGUCACCAGUUAAUUGCCCCGCCCUCAUGCUUCCCCCCUCCAGUCGCACAACUAUAUAUUUUCUUACAAGAGAUUACCAGCGUACCAUGCAAUAUACUAAAGCGUUUUUUGGAACAUUUAACGAGGUUGAACAAUUCUGUUUUUAUCUUCUUUUUUUGGGUUGUUUCUUUGUUUCGUAUUUUUUCUUGAUAAGUGGUGCAGUACAACAGGUGCUGGCUGCACCUGAGCAGGUCCGGCCCCGACUGAACGCUCAACGGUUUCGGUUCGAACGCCGGCAUGACAUUUAUGCAGCUCGCCUGUCACAGUGGAGAACAUGUCACUCGAUUCGCGCAUCUGUACGCGAGUGUGUCUAUGUGUGCGUGUGUGCGCUUAGAUCGCAGUAACUUUUAGAAUGGCAGAGGUGGUAUGUAGAAUUAUCAAGGAAAGUCUUGAAAGUCUUGGAAAAAAUUUUAAAAAUUAAAAAAAACAAGGAAAUCAUUUUAAAGGAAAAGGGUAAACUUGCUGGCUGUUGGGUUUUUGUCAUGGGAAGUUCUGGCAAAUUUAUAGAUGAAUUAUGAAAUAGUUUUAUAUUUUUAGCAGUCGUUUUUUGCCGGCUCAAAUCAUCCUCACAGUAGACGUGAAACUCCAUGCUUAACUGUAUCAGGCGAGUAUCAAUGUUAUGCUUACUUAGUGUGUUUUAGAUUAAUCAUGCUGAGCUGUUUUCUGUUCUACAAUUCAAAGUGUAAUGGCACAGAUCAAGUUUGUUUCUCAUGUUUCUCGUCACCUUCAUGCUUCUUUGUCGAUGAUCUCAACAUUACUGCAACAUACUGCUAUUAUAAGACUAUUAUUUUUUCUGUCCUGUAGGUAAAAGAUUUUCUAAUAUGGUUGUGUCAUAGUAUAACCUGAUCUUUAUCCAUCUCUCUGCAGUCUGUGGUUUGUUCAUCUUAACACUAAGUGUAUCGUUUCAUUACAUUAGUAAACAACGAAUGUG